UUGCUGGCCAUUUAUGUAGACUUAAAUGAUAACCAUGGCUCAGUGAAUGUUAUUCAAUUGUAUCUUUUUUUUUACAGUGCCAAGGUGUUAGUGAAAGGAGAGCCAAAUGUUUCCUACAUAUGUUCAAGAUAUUAUCGUGCACCGGAACUCAUAUUUGGCGCCACUGACUACACACCCGAUAUUGAUGUCUGGUCCGCUGGCUGUGUAUUGGCAGAACUUCUUCUUGGACAGCCCAUCUUUCCAGGUGCCAGUGGUGUGGAUCAGCUUGUCGAAAUAAUUAAAGUCUUAGGUACUCCAACUAGGGAACAAAUCAAGGAAAUGAACCCACACUACACAGAGUUUAAAUUUCCACAAAUUAAGCCUCAUCCUUGGAGCAAGGUGUUCAGACCCAAGACUCCACCAGAAGCAAUUAACCUGUGUAGUAGAUUACUGGAGUACACACCGUCAACAAGGCUUAUACCUGUGGAAUCUUGUGCACACUGUUUCUUUGAUGAACUCCGUGAUCCUAAUACAAAACUUCCAAAUGGACGUGAUCUACCCCCACUUUUUAAUUUCACACCACAAGAACUCUCAGUCAAACCUUCACUAAAUUCAACCCUCAUUCCCCCUCAUGUGCAGAGGAAUUCUGGAGGGGCUGGUACUAGUGGCUCAGGAACCUCAACAAGUACGGGCCCUGCAGUUGUUGAUGGAGCUGUGGCUUCAGUUUCCACACCUGGCUCCUGAAUGAGAACUGUUAAUAAUAAUAUUAAUAUAAGUUUCUGUCCAUAGGGCCUGCACUGGAGUUGAUCCUUGUAAAAAGAGCACAAAAUUGUUUUUGUUUUUUGUAAAUAGAGUCGAAAUCAAGUUGACAAUGCAGAUGUUUUGUGUGUAUUUAGAGAGUGCACGAGGUUUUCCAUUCUGUUUAAAGUCUUAACUUUUACUUUCUGAAACCCUUGUGCAAAUAAAUCAUGCCUAAUCAACUUGUGUAGGUUAGAUCAAGUACAGUAUUUAAAGGUGUUUGCAAGUAAAGCCAGUGAUACAAAUUAAAAAAAAAAGAACUUACGUACAGUUUCAAUAUGCUAUUUAUUUCACAAGGAAUUUUAGGUAUCCUUUCUUACAUUUUUUGGGUUCUUUUUAUCUGGGGCUGGCUUUGUUUGUAUACUCCAUUAAAGUUUGUGCUCUGUUUUUAGGAAUUAAAGAAGGUGCUGUUUUAUUUUGCAAUGUAUAUGAAUUCUUCCGAGACAACAGAUUUUUAAGCACACCACACUGCAAAAUGUGCAUUUCAACAAUGUUAAUACACUUUUGUACUAAAAUAGCGAGGCUCCGUACAUUAGUAAGAAACAGUAAUCAGUUAUUGGGGAAUUAAAAUUUGAACAAAUCCUGUAAAACAUCAGUAUGGUACUGGAUACUGUAUUUACACUGACAGUACCAAAUAUUUAAAUAAUGUAAAAUAAGUUUCUUCAUUCCUUAUGCCAAAGGCCAUUUCCCCACAUGGCUGUAGAAAGAGUUCCAUUUGUCAUUUGAGUCUGUAUAAAAUUUUAUGGGCUUGUAAAUUUAAGCAAUUUUAUGUUUUUCUUCUUUUAUGUGUAAAAUUUAUAAACUAAUCUUGUACACAUUCUUGUGAGUAUUCUGCCAAGAUAAAAUAUGAAAGUAUUGCAGCUGUCAA